AUGGUGCGUUUCGCUUGCUCUCAGUUGGUUCUCGAACGUCUCGACCCCGUUAGGAAUCCCGGUCAGAUAGGGUCCCCUCAUCUGCAUCAAGUCGCAGGCAGCAACUCAUUCAACACCUCAAUAGAACCUAGAUAUGAUCCACCAUCCAAGUCCAGCUGCACUACCUGCACCUUCAGUGAGGACUUCUCCAAUUACUGGACUGCGACAUUGUUCUUCAAGGCGAAGAAUGGGACUUUCAAGAGAAAAGGUGGGUUAGCGAUUUACUAUAUCUCCCCUUAUGAUGGAAAGAGCACGGUCACUGCUUUAAACCGUAUCCAACGCGGUCUCUGCCACCGCUGCUUUGGCGCCAACUCCAGUCCUUUUGGUGGCGCACCCUGCAUCGGUGAUAACACAGCCCAGUUUCCGACAAAGUUCUGUGCGGGAGGCAUUCGCACUACUAUCGUAUUCCCAACAUGUUGGGAUGGAAAGAACCUCGACAGCCCCGAUUAUAAAUCUCAUGUGUCAUACACGCCUUCUGGCACUUUCGAAUCUAACGGCCCGUGUCUAUCAAACCCACCCCGUCAAGAUCCCACAAGUCAUCUCACAUGGUGUGGGUAUGGAUACGGACAACAUGGUGACUAUAUGUUCGGCUGGAAGGGCGAUGCUUUGCAAGGGGCUAUGGAUGCUCAAUGCAAUGUCAAUUGCCCGGCACUGAAGAGUCAGUCUGCCGUGGACUCAGAGAAGUGUUUUAAGCCCCAAACGGUAAAAGAGCCAAUUAGUGAUUGGCUCCUAGAGCUUCCUGGAGGGGAUGCAGUUACGCAUUGA